AUGGUCAACGUCGCAAUCGCAGGCGGCACCGGUGCCGUAGGCCGCACUCUCAUCGAAGUGUUAGCCACGCAGACAAAACACCAAGCCUUCAUCCUCUCCCGCAAGGCCCCCAGCCCAGGAGAGACUCCCCUGGCCCCAACGUUCGAGAUAGACUACGCAAACGUUGACGCCCUCAAGACGUUCCUCGAAGAACACGAUAUUCAUACCGUCAUCAGCGCAUUCGGCAUCACCGCCACGUCCCUCGCGACGUCGCAGCUGAACCUCAUCAAGGCGGCAGAUCUCUCGUCCGCGACGAAGCGGUUCAUCCCUAGCUCGUUCGCAAUGCGGUAUCCCGAAGACGGCGUCGCCCUCCUCCCACCGCUGGAACACUACUUCACCUCCCUCCGCGCCCUCUCCCAGACAAACCUCGAAUACGCCGCCGUCCACAACGGCACAUUCUUAGAGUACUUUGCUCCCCCCGCCCUCAAAUCCCACCACCCGCAUAGCACAAUCGUCCUCGACAUCGCCCACGCCGCCGCUGCGAUCCCAGGCGACGGCAACACCCCCGUGACAUUCACAUACACCUUUGACGUGGCGCGCUACGUCGUCGCGGCGCUGGACCUCCCCACCUGGCCCGUAGACCACGAACUUCGCAUCGUGGGCGACGAACUCACCUUUAACGAAUUCGUCAAGCUGGCCGAGGAGAUCAAGGGCGAAAAGUUUAGUGUGGUCUACGAUGACGUGGAAAAGCUGAAGAGGUCCGAGAUUUCAGAGUUACCCGGCCACGAGGCGUCGUAUGCGCAGUUCCCCAAAGAGAGGUUACAGUGGUUCCUGUCGAUUUUUGAGCUGUGGAUGGCGACUGGCUUGGGGAAGGUCGAGGGCGGAAAGGGGUCGUUGAAUGAGCUGUUUCCUGAGAUUAAGCCUUUGACUGUGAGGGAGAUGUUGGAGAAGUAUUGGAAGGCAUAA